AUGAUGCCAAGACGUGACUUCAAUCGGUUUAAGCACAGAUUCAACAAGUGGCACAAGCACGAAUUCGAGGAGGAGCGGCACGUAGAUGGUGUUGGCGACCAACUGCGGGUCACUACAACUUACGGACAUCGUCGGGAUCACGGUGUUUCUGGCCGCAGAUCAUUUCCAUCCGACAUGAUCCGGCGUGCGAUGGCCAUGAACCUACUUCCUGUUCCAUCUGGAUCAUCGCCGAGUUCCCAAAACAGUGGUCUUGGGCUAGGCGAAAUCUGGGCUCGGAUCACUAUAAUCUACGGCAUUUCGUACCCGUUUAACGUGUUGCAAGAGCUCGUCAACACUGCAUUUGGUACCCAGCUCCGGUUCUAUAACGCUUGCGUUGAAGGUCGUAACCUCAGUCUGCUGAAUCUGUCCAACAAUCGCCUGACCCAAAUGAAUGCAUUUUCUCUGUUGGCUUGCGAUACGCACGGCUCAACCAUGGUUACCAUCGAGCGCAUCGAUUUGAGCUGUAAUCCUCUCGGUGGCUUCGCUGCUUUGGCCGGCCUGCAAGGCAUUGCAGGUCUAAUCGAACUGGACAUAUCCGAAACCCCCUUGUCAGUCAAGUUUCAGCUGACUGAUCGUGCGAUGGCAGCGAAUCUGCUGAAAGUCUUGCCUGGUUUGAAACGUUUGAAUGGCGAAGACCUCCCUCACUCCGUACAGUUUGCUGUAGAGCAAACAGGUCGAUUACCUGCAUCUUCAUCCCGCAUUCCACUACCAAACUCCGUGCUUGGUUGUUUCCCGAACGAUGAAGUUCGUAUUCCUCUGCUCACAUUUUUAAAGGAGUUCUUCACCCGAUAUGACUCAAAACCUCGGGGCGACAAUUUACUCCCAUAUUACACAACCGCAUCUCAGCUGGUCUUGUCUGUCAGCCCUGAUAAACCUUAUCCCGGUGGUCAAAUGCCAUACUCAAACAGUGCGCGUAUGGAUACUGUGGCUGAAGAUGGUACCAAGUUGAAAAUCACACUAAUGACCGCCCGCCUUACACCCACGUAUUUUCAUAAAAGCCGCAAUUUACUUCGCCUGCACAAUGAAAGCAAGCGUAAGGAGGUCGUGGCUCGAGGCAGUUUGGCGUGCGCCUCCUUAUUGGAUGAACUUCCUGCCACGGAACAUCCCCUUGAAUCACUGAGUGUGGAUGUUGCGUUUCAUUCGUCAUCACAAAUGGUUUUUACCGUAUCUGGUGUGUUCUACGAAGUGCACCAGCAGUCGUCUGACACACAAACUGAAGCGAAAAUCAUUCGGAAAAUUCUUCGCUGUUUUUCACGGACAAUGAUCUUGGUCGCACCUGGCGGACACAUUAUUCAAGACGACUUCAUAAUCUCUAAUCCAAGCCCGCCGUUGUGCAAGAAGUACAUUACUGGUGUAGUUUGUAAGAAUCGAUCGGAAAGAACCUCAGAAGCCUCAUCCCUGCAAGCUCUUACCGACGGUCCGGACGGUAACACGCAAACUGUCUUAUUAAAUGAACUCAAACAACGCUCCGGUAUGAAUGAAGCUUUUAGCCGACAAUGUUUGCAAGAGUAUCAGUGGAACCUCGAGGCGGCUUUAAACGCUGUUCAAACGCUCAGUUCUGCCGGAAAAUUGCCUCCGGAAGCUUUUGCCUAAUCAGUUCCCUCAUCUCCGAUACCUCAUUGCAAAUACAUAUACAUAUAUAUUGAAACUGAGAUUCGUUUGUUUAACUUCGUGCCUAUUACCUUCCUACCUCACCACUGCUUUAGUUGAGUUUGCCGGCGGGUAACCCACCGAUUGUUGUGCGUAUGUUGCUGCAUUGGUUACCGCCCUGCGGAAGCUUCCGUCAUUAAUUUCGAGCCACUCCCAACCAAUGGGCUUCGUCCGGGUACAUAUUGAAAAAAAUUACCUUUGUCGGUCUGAGCUACAGGCUCUUGCGCCGAACAAACCCGGUAUAAAAUCGCAUAACUUCUGUUGACCCUAUCGUUACUGUGGCUAUGAGGAGCGUGGUUGCAGGCGUUCCAAUGCUGUUUGAGCGUAUGUUGGUGCUUGUGGGGUUGCCCGUUCGGUAAAUUCCUCUAGAGCUCUUUGUUCACCUGUUCUGUGUUCACCUUCCAAUUUCCACCCCAUAGUUCUAUUGUACAUAGGCCACCCUCAGAGACCUUGGUUUCAUUGCGUCUCACUGUACCCAUGCUGACUUUUCGGCCAUUAUUUCAAGAUGUACUGCUUUUCGAUAUCGGAGCCAUGUCAACUCUACCUGCUCUGUCUCUCUGUUCAUACGGGUUAUGCUGCAUAUCAUGUGUUACUUGUUGCGAAGUAUGCAAGUCUACUUACCGUGUACCGCAAAUAGCCGUGAGCAAGUUAGAUACUGUUGGUUACUCUUAUUCUCUCAUCCUUCACUUCUCGGAUCAUUCGCUGUCGCACCUUUUCCUGUCGUCAACAGUGUUUAUGUGUUAUUGAUCCCUGGUCCCUGUCAGCUUCACAAUCCCCAUCUGUCUUUUGCUCACUGAUAUAGUUCCACCCAACUUGCUCUUCGACUGAAUUAGGGACAACUUAUUUUUACUUCUUUCCUUCACACUGUUGCCUCAUCAAAUGAACUGCUUGGCCACAAUGUAACUGAUUAUUUGGAAUACAUUAAUGACAGCAGCAUUCAACCAUAAUCACUUGCCCGCUGCAUUCCCACUAUUCGCACUCUUGGUACAAACAGUGACCAGUUCGUGGGAAGUUGCUAGUACAUCCAGGAGACAUUCUCGGCCAAAAAUCCCUUGGUGAUUAAAUGCCGUAGAUGGACUAUGCCCAUGGCUGAUCCGCUUAGUCGCAACUGCGUUGAGCAACCAGAGGACGUUUAUUAUACAGCGUGUUUUCAUUACUUCACGCGAUUUACACCGUGCACUUCGCAUCUUUGAGCUGUUUUCGUCAUGUGAUCCACCACACACCUAAUUCCAUUCUGCAUCAUUUCCACCCUGUCAUCCCCGGUGUUUCGAUCAUGCCCUUUUCCUUCCGACGUUUUUUCACCCACCUUAACCUCGUAGCGUUUGUCUCUGGCUCCCGUCGUCACCAUAGUAUGUUUCCAUAUCUCGCGAGUACCGGGUGUCGGUUGGAUUACAGCCCGGUCUCCCGCUGCUACAUCAGAUGGCACUUGAUCUCUACGGCAGCACUGCUAUUUACAAGGCAUGAUUGACCUCUGUAUUCUUUACGGUCGGUUCUGUGAAGCGGAGCGUAAAAGUGUGGCUUUUGCCCGCAGAAAUAAUCUUUCCUUGCACAUCUGCAUUUUAUGUGAU